AUGUAUUGUCAGGCAUCUGACUGUCUUGUAAAUGCGGAUUACACUCGGGAACCACCUGAGUUGGUUCUAGUCUCAACUCAGCAUUGCCCAAUAUCUGAACAAUAUGUUGGGCAUGGUGUAAAAGAACAAACAUCUGCUACCUACGCUCGCGCCCUGUCUGCGGCAGGGUUCUAUGCCCUGACAUUUGAUGCUGGCUAUCAAGGUGAAAGCACUGGUGAGCCUCGAGGACUAGAGGACCCGCACCAGCGAGUUGAGGACAAUAAAGCUGCCGUCACCUUCUUAACCACCUUGAAGGGGAAAGUUGACCCUGAGCGCAUCGGUAUGCUGGGUAUUUGCGCAUCAGGCGGCUAUACUUCUUAUGCUGCGCAAUCUGAUACCCGCAUCAAAGCCCUUGGCACUGUCAGUGCUGCUUGUGUCGGCCGAAUGACACGCAACGGUGGUCUUUACGAAAGCAACAAGAAGGAAUCGCCUGAUGCCAUUAUCGGUGCUCUCAAAGCUGCGGGUGAUUGGGGAACGUCUCAUGCCGGCAACACCAAAUCUGAAGCACCCAAAAUGUUUCAAACGGAAGCCUCCGAGGUGCCAGGUGAUGCGCCAUCGUUUUUCAAGUCGGCUGCUGCGUACUACGGCACUGAGCGCGGCAACCAUCCGAGAUCAGACCAACGUGUGCCCUUGUCAAGCUAUGACUUGAUGAUUGGUUACGACUCCUUCACUUUCCAGCACCUAAUCUCUCCUCGACCGCUGCUCAUGAUCGUUGGUUCGAAUGCGGAGACACUACAUUAUAGCAAGGCUGCUGUGGAGUGUGCGAAGGAGCCGAAGGAGUUGUUUGUCAUUGACGGAAAGAAUCAUUUUGAACUUUAUGACGAUUUAAGGAAAUCAGCGCCAAAGUUGGUCGAGUUUUACGCAACAGCGCUUACAAAAUAA